CAACUAUUUUGUUACAAACACGAAUCCGGAGUGAGGAGUCUUUUUCCUGGGUCUCUCAUCUUUCAUGAAUAUGAGUUCAUAAUGAAGCGCCGGCUGGAGGAACAGGAAACGGUAUUUGCAUCUCAGCAGCGGCGUCUCCCGGGCAACGCCGAGGCUUUCCAGCAUCGUGUCUUGGCCCCGGCCCCUGCCCCAGCCCCGGCCCCGGCACCAACCGUGUUUGAGCCGGUGUCAGACAACAUGCAGCCCACGGCAGGCGUUCAGUACUCCGUCCCCCAAGGAUAUCAGGUCCCCACCGUGACCCAGAACAGUGGGGGACACGGGCACACCUCAGGCCCUGCCAUCCACGGAGGGUCCCACCACCACAGCCCGGCAGUCCAGACCCAUGGCCCGCCUGUAAUGGCAGGGCACAGCCACACGGCAGCGCCCCCAUCCUCGGCACAGGGCCAGCAGCAGUUCCAGAGGCUCAAGGUGGAAGAUGCUUUGUCUUACUUGGACCAAGUGAAGUUGCAGUUUGGCAACCAGCCUCAAGUCUACAAUGACUUUCUGGAUAUCAUGAAAGAGUUCAAGUCUCAAAGUAUUGACACCCCUGGGGUCAUCAGCAGGGUGUCACAGCUCUUCAAAGGUCACCCAGACCUCAUCAUGGGCUUCAAUACCUUCCUGCCUCCUGGCUACAAGAUCGAGGUUCAGACCAAUGACCUGGUCAACGUGACCACGCCAGGUCAGAUCCACCACAUCACCCCGCACGGGAUCUCGGUCCAGAACCUCCCCAUCACGGGAGCCCCCACACCGCACCAGGCCCCUCCCACUGCUACCACAACCACCAGCGCCCCGCCCCUUCUCACACAGCCGACUCCACCCAAAAUGAGCAAGCCCCUGCAGUCUCAGGCCUUGAUCCCAAGCAGCCAGAGCAAUCCGUCCAUCCCAGCAUACACUUCUCCACGCUCGCCGCCCCUACAGCUCCAUCCCCCGCUUAGUGGCACCCCAGCUGGCCCGCCCAUACAGAACAACCAGCCGGUGGAGUUCAACCAUGCCAUCAACUACGUCAACAAGAUCAAGAAUCGCUUCCAGGGCCAGCCUGACAUCUAUAAAGCCUUUCUGGAGAUUCUCCACACUUACCAGAAAGAACAGCGGAAUGCCAAGGAGGCAGGGGGUAACUACACACCUGCGCUGACGGAGCAGGAGGUGUAUGCUCAGGUCGCCAGGCUCUUCAAGAACCAGGAGGACCUGCUCUCAGAGUUUGGCCAGUUCCUCCCUGACGCCAACAGUUCUGUGCUGACCACAGCGGAGAAGGCGGAGUCUGUGCGGAAUGAUCACGGCGGCACAGCCAAAAAGUUACAGCUUAACAACAAACAGAGACCCAAUCAAAAUGGCUGCCAGAUCCGCCGGCACCCAACCCCUGGGACCACUCCUCCAGUCAAGAAGAAGCCGAAGUUACUGAAUCUGAAAGAUUCUUCAGUGGCAGAAGCUGGCAAACAUGGAGUCGGUACAGAAUCAUUGUUCUUUGAGAAGGUGCGCAAGGCGUUGCGAAGCGCAGAGGCCUAUGACAACUUCCUGCGGUGUCUAGUACUCUUUAACCAGGAAGUAAUCUCCAGGGCUGAGCUGGUGCAGUUGGUGCUGCCGUUCCUGGGAAAAUUCCCAGAGCUGUUUAACUGGUUUAAAAACUUCCUGGGAUAUCGAGAGAUGCCGGCCCAAAUCGAGACAUACCCCAAGGAGCGGGCCACUGAGGGAAUCGCCAUGGAGAUCGACUAUGCCUCCUGUAAGAGGCUCGGCUCCAGCUACCGGGCCCUUCCCAAGAGCUACCAACAGCCCAAAUGCACUGGGAGGACUCCGCUCUGCAAAGAGGCCCUGAAUGACACCUGGGUUUCCUUCCCCUCCUGGUCUGAGGAUUCCACGUUUGUCAGCUCCAAGAAGACUCAGUAUGAGGAGCACAUCUACAGAUGUGAGGAUGAACGCUUCGAGCUUGAUGUGGUAUUGGAGACCAACCUGGCCACCAUCCGAGUUCUGGAGAUGGUCCAAAGGAAGUUGUCCCGCAUGUCUGCCGAGGAUCAGGCAAAGUUCAGGCUGGAUAACACGCUGGGUGGCUCCUCAGAGGUGGUGCACCGCAAAGCCAUUCAGAGGAUAUAUGGAGACAAAGCCCCCGACAUCAUCGACGGUCUGAAGAAAAACCCCGGUGUGUCUGUCCCCAUCGUCUUAAAAAGGUUAAAGACCAAGGAAGAAGAGUGGCGGGAAGCUCAGAGGGGCUUCAAUAAGAUCUGGAGGGAGCAGAACGAGAAGUAUUACCUCAAGUCUCUUGACCAUCAAGGCAUCAACUUCAAACAGAACGACACCAAAGUGCUCCGCUCCAAGACACUGCUCAACGAGAUUGAAAGCAUUUACGAUGAACGCCAAGAGCAGGCCUCGGAGGAGAUCGGCACCCUGCCCAGCGGCCCCCACCUGACCCUGACUUACGAGGACAGCCAGAUUCUGGAGGACGCGGCCUCCCUCAUCAUCCACCAUGUCAAACGCCAGACCAGCAUCCAGAAGGAGGACAAGUACAAGAUCAAACAGAUUAUCCACCACUUUAUCCCUGACCUGCUGUUCGCCCAGCGUGGUGAGCUCUCCGACCUGGAGGAGGAAGAGGAAGAAGAGGAGGAGAUGGAGUUGGAGGAUGGAGCCUCCAAAAAGCCAAAUGGCGUCGCGGGCAGCAGGAGCCCCUCCAAGUCCAAGCUGCUGUUCAGCAACACAGCAGCACAGAAACUGCGUGGCUGUAAUGACGCCUACAACCUCUUCUACGUCAACAACAACUGGUACAUCUUUCUGCGCCUCCACCAGACGCUUUGCUCCCGUCUGCUGCGGCUCUAUGGGCAGGCAGAGCGGCAGAUUGAGGAGGAGGUGAGAGAGCGUGACUGGGAAAGAGAGGUGCUGGGUCUCAAGAGAGACAAGAAUGAUAACCCGGCCAUCCAACUAAGGCUGAAGGAGCCCAUGGAUAUCGAGGUAGAAGAUUAUUACUCGGCUUUUUUGGAGAUGGUCCGGAAUCUUCUGGAUGGGAACAUGGAGGCGUCCCAGUACGAGGACUCCUUGAGGGAAAUGUUCACUAUCCACGCUUACGUCGCCUUCACCAUGGACAAGCUGAUCCAAAGCAUUGUCCGGCAGCUGCAGCACAUGGUGAGUGAUGAGAUCUGCGUUCAGGUAACAGACCUCUACCUGGCUGAGAGCACCAACGGAGCCACCGGAGGCUCCAUCUCCACGCAGGCCUCCAGGAGCUCCUCGGAGGCCCUCUACCAACGCAAAGCAGAGCAGCUCAUGUCUGACGAGAACUGCUUCAAGUUGAUGUUUUUGAGGAGCAGGGACCAGGUCCAGCUCACUGUGGAGCUUCUGGACUCAGAGGAGGAGAACUCAGACGAGCCCAUGGAGGCUGAGCGGUGGUCUGAUUACGUGGGACGAUACUUAAAUUCCGACUCCACAUCUCCCGAGCUGCGGGAGCACCUUGCUCAGAAGCCCGUCUUUUUACCAAGGAACCUGCGGCGGAUCAGGAAGUACCAGAAGGGGCGGGAGCAGUUGGACAAGGAGGAGUGCGAGGGUGGGAAAAAGACUCCGGAGAAGGAGAAGAUGGAAUGUAUGUUCAAGCUCAACUCUUACAAGAUGGUUUACGUGUUUAAGUCAGAGGACUACAUGUACCGACGCACCGCCCUGCUUCGCGCUCACCAGUCCCAUGAGCGAGUGAGCACGCGGCUGCACAAGCACUUCCAGAGUUGGGUGGAUGCGUGGGUAAAGGAGCAUGUCACGUGCGGCAUGACCACCGACACCAGCAAGUGGCUGAUGGGCGAGGGGUGUGAGGGACUGGUACCCUGCACCACCGCCCGCCAGCCUGAGGUCCUCCACUUCAGGAACAUCAACAAGUACCGCGUCAAGUACAACCCCCCCUGCAAGACGCCCUAACCCACCAGAAACUCGGGAGAAG